AUGGCUUCAGUAAUGCUCAGUGGAACUGAAAAGCUUACUCUCAGAACCCUAACCGGAAAUGGGUUGGGUUUCACGGCUUCGGAUUUGCACGGUAAGGCUUUUCCCAGAGUGAGUUUUGUUGCUACCAGUAGUGCUAGAAUCCCCAGCUCUAGGAGCAUGGUAGUGCCCAAGUGUAGUGUCUCUGCUUCGAGGCCUACCUCGCAGCCCAGGUUUAUUCAGCACAAGAAAGAGGCGUUUUGGUUCUAUAGGUUUCUCUCUAUUGUGUAUGACCAUGUGAUUAACCCUGGCCAUUGGACUGAGGACAUGAGGGAUGAAGCCCUUGAACCCGCUGAUCUCAGUUCCAGGAAUAUGAUUGUUGUGGAUGUUGGUGGUGGCACGGGUUUCACCACUCUGGGUAUUGUCAAGCACGUAGAUGCCAAGAAUGUCACCAUUCUUGACCAGUCACCCCACCAGCUUGCUAAGGCCAAGCAGAAGGAGCCUCUCAAGGAAUGCAAAAUAAUCGAAGGGGACGCUGAGGAUCUCCCCUUUCCAACCGAUUAUGCAGAUAGAUAUGUGUCUGCAGGAAGUAUUGAAUAUUGGCCGGAUCCACAGCGUGGCAUCAAGGAAGCUUACAGAGUUUUGAAAUUUGGAGGCAAGGCCUGUCUAAUUGGUCCUGUGUACCCAACAUUUUGGCUGUCACGUUUCUUUGCAGAUGUUUGGAUGCUUUUCCCCAAGGAGGAAGAGUAUAUUGAGUGGUUUCAAAAGGCAGGGUUUAAGGAUGUCCAACUAAAAAGGAUUGGUCCAAAGUGGUACCGUGGGGUUCGCCGUCAUGGCUUGAUUAUGGGUUGUUCUGUGACCGGUGUUAAGCCGGCAUCUGGGGAUUCUCCUUUACAGCUUGGUCCGAAGGAAGAAGAUGUUGAAAAGCCCAUUAAUCCUUUCGUCUUCUUAAUGCGCUUCGCUUUGGGUGCGUUGGCAGCUACAUGGUUUGUGUUGGUUCCUAUUUACAUGUGGCUCAAAGAUCAAAUUAUUCCCAAAGGUCAGCCAAUCUAA